CUCUCUCUCUACAUUACACACGAUUGAGUGUUGGCUUUCCUGUCGUAAAAAUACUCGGAGAUGUAUUUCUGGACAAGGCACAGUGCGAUACAAUAAUGGCGAACGCAAGUUUGACGAAAAGUGAUGACGCUAACCUAUUGUGAGACGAGGCGCUGCAUAAACUGAUGACGUGAUCCUAAUUAAAGGCGUUUGAGCGUUGCCUUUCUAUUCAAGUAAGGACAAGAAGACAGUGUAGCAUUUCCAUUUGCAUAAAUUGAAAUGCGCAUGUGAAGUGACUUAUUCUCUGAUAUCAUGCCUUUAUUAUUUGUACGGAUUAUACUAUUCAGUAAGUACUAAGUAAUCGGUACCAGUCCUGGCAGACACCGUUCAGAGACCGGCCUUUAAUUGUGUAGUACUUAUAUAGACAACACAUGUGCUACGUAGGUUGCAAUAAGCAGCCAUAUAAAAAAAAAAACUUGAUAUCUGGACAUUCUACCUGAUAAAUGAUUCCGCACUCGAUUACUUGAUCAUCUGUUUCAAUUUUACCUGUAAAUGUUUAACAUCGCGGCGUUAGCGAUACUGUGAUUGUGUGUAUAGUUGCUAAGUGGCGUCGGACGUAACGACAUCGCUAGUGUGUGACCACCGUUUUCACCUGUACGGACUUAACUAUAUAUAACAUAUGUAGCAAGAAAUGGUGGAAAGAAGACCUUAAUCAUGAAUACCACGGCGUCACGUUCACACGUUACCGAUAACACUAUCACGACCAGACCGGAUUUCAUUGCCAUAUUUGACGUCCAAAGAUGGUACGAGUAAUUGUACUGACGAACGGACACACUCGUCAUCAUGCGAGCUUGCAGACGAGCUAAGUUUAAGAACAGUGUAUUUGCAGUCUGUGUGAUGUGUCUCUUGAUUAUUUCCAUACACGACUUCUUACAACUGAAUAUUUCUCCUGUACAGUAUGACGAUAUUCAAACGUUUCCAAAAUACAAGUUCGGCUUUUUCUUUCCGUUAGAAAUAGAUAUCCAGAAAAUUGUGGAACAGAAAAUCGCUAAUAAUACCGAGCCUGAUUACGCGCCAAUAAAUCGACAUCCUUUCAAAUAUAUCCAUCGACCUUUGGAUUGUUCCUUCACCGCUUCUUCACAUAGACGUUCUAACUUUGAUUUCGGUCCAAAGCUGUUGAUUUUAGUAAAAUCUGCCGUCAAGAAUGAUCGCCUAAGAAUGGCAAUACGCAUGUCAUGGGGUAGAAUUAAAAAGCCUAAUGUGAAAGUAGUGUUUUUGGUCGCCACAUCACCUGACUCUUCUGAAUUCAUCUCGCUGGAGUCACAAAGCUAUCGGGACAUCGUACAAGAGGAUUUUGUAGACAAUUACAGUAACAACACGUACAAAACUAUUAUGGGAUAUAACUGGGGAGUUCAAUAUUGCUCUAAUGCUGACUUUUUCCUGUUUGUAGACGAUGAUCAUUUUGUCGAUGUAUCAAAAGUUCUAGCAUAUGCUCAAUCCAUUCCGAUGAACGAACGAAAGACACUGUUUCGUGGAAGGAAAGUAGUGAGUGGGACGCCAAGUAGAUCGGAUUCCAAAUGGAUAAUAUCUAAAGUCGACUUUCCGUUUCAUCUGUUUCCCCCCUAUCUAGCAGGCGGAGCCUUUCUUACUUCCUACAGUUGUGCACAGCGUUUCGCUCUUGCAUUUCCAUAUGUUGAUUUUUUCUGGAUAGACGAUGUGUAUUUAGGUAUAGUUGCUAAUAAACUCAACAUCACUGCAGUGGAUGCGCAACCGUUUUUCACGAAUGAAGAAAACCCAAGCUUAGACAAAGGUUUUUUCUCCCACUUUAAUAACCACAACGCAGAUCUCAUGAUAAAGGCAUGGCAACGUUCGAAAGACAAAUAUCUAUGACCAUGUGGCUGAAAAUGAUACAUGGGAAACUCCUGAACAUUAACGCAUGUGGAAUAGGCGACUGAUGCAACGUUAAAGUAACUGAUUGUAAGAUGUUUUUAAUUUUCUUAUUUUAAAUAAUGCGUCGUUUUUAUACAUGUUUUUGGUUUCUUUUGACCAAUUCCCAUUUUGCUAUUUUUCAUUGGCAUAGCUACGUUUGCUGGUUUUAUUAUUUUGUAAUUUAUAACAAAUGUUUAAUAUAUAUAUAUAUGAAUAUGAUAUCUCAAAUAAAUUUCAUAUGAAUCUGGAUAGUUUUGUCGUAGCGAGCCUUUGGCAAGAUGCAACGGAACUUGUUCGCAACUUAGACGAGAUAAUGUCUAUGGCUAGAUAAGUACAGAGUUAUACUACGAACGAGCAAAGAAAGAUCAAAUGAAGGGUUUAAUUAAAGUGAUAUAUGUAAAAUAAAAUACUGUAAAGGGUUGGAAGGCGUUUAGCCGAGGAUAAUUUUAUUCUAGAUAAAAUGAGAUAUAUCUGCAUAAAAUAACGUAUUUCUCGUCACAAUGUUCACCUCUACCUUUAAUAUCCGACCCCUGACCCCACCGACCCAAUCUGAUCAUUUCACAAUCAUCAUUUUAAGUUCCAGUUAAAACUGUAUGAACAAGUUUUUUAACCUCGAUGAUCGGUCGUUUUCAUUUAAUACACUACGCUUUGCAGUGUAAUUUGGUGAUUAAGUCGAGUGUUAUCACUUGCUCAAGCAAAGUUGACUGCCCAUGUGAACACAAAUAUUACAAACGAAAUGCCUGUGUUUUUAUUUAUAAGUUAAAAGCAUUAUAUAAACAUUUUUUUUAUUUUUAUUUAUUUACAGUUUUUAAAUAGAUAUUAGAAUUAAAUUUCGAUAUUUAUUAAAUGAUGUUGGGAUAUCUACGAAUUUCAUAAGAUAUGCCAGAGAUGGGUUGUUUUCUCUCUUGAUAUUCCUUCCAAGAUAAAAAAAAAAAAAAAAAAAAAAAAAAAAAAAAAAAAAAAA